AUGGCGGCCGUUCAAAAUGGGAUGAAGAAGGAAGAGUUAAAGGAUGCUAAGUUAGAAAAGCAUCAACUGGAGAAGAAACAGAGAAAGUUGAAGCGAAAAGCUGAGACUGGCACUUCUUCAAGCGAUUCCUCAAAAUCAGGGAAAGAGUCGCCGGACGAAAAGGACGAGAGCGAAAAGAAGAAAAAGAAAAAGAAAAAGCUGAAAAAGUCAAAGCAACCUCUUAAUGAUGAAAACUAUCCAAGGUUGCAGUCUACAGAGAACAACUUGCAAAAACCUAUAAAAAUUGCAGAUUUACAAGAGCUUUUAUUUUGGUGUCUUGCCGACGGACAAGCGCCAUCCUGGGUUUUGGUACGAAAUAAACAGCAUAUCCGUCGUGCAGUGGUUUUGCUGGUACCGGGUUUAGAGCCUUCGCAAUUUGGAUUCAAACCUGUUAAGGGUGACAAGCAUUCGUUUUUAUUACCUACUGCCUUGAAGGAUAAGACUCCUAGCGAACUAUCAGAAUUUGAUGACAUUUUUAAACUCGCAUGGCCCACUCGAUCUCCUGGAGAUCGAUAUCGUGUAUUCUCUCCGGUGAAUGCUUUUCUGCAAUCACUUUUGAGCAAUGAACAAAAAAAGAAGAGAGACCGAGAGAUGAGAUCCAUGUCAAAGUCCAGCAAACCGGAAGAUUACCUCAUGUCCUACGAGUCUUUCGUAGAAGAUGAGUAUCCGUUGCAUCCUACAAUCAAGCUUGAUUCUGAACCCAAUGAACUUCCUGAAGGUUGGGUCGCUUCCAAUGCUGAUUUCCAUCAACGUCCACAGGAACCAAACAUCCUUGCUAUGGAUUGUGAGAUGGUAAAGACUGAAAAUGGAUCCGAAAUUGCUCGUGUCACCAUUGUUGAUCUAAAAAAUGAAGUUUUGUACGAUGAACUCGUCAAGCCAGGUUUCCCAGUUACCGAUUAUGUAACUCAAUUUUCUGGUAUAACGGAGGAAAAGCUGGCUCCAGUUACAACUAGACUAGCAGACGUACAUGCUUACUUACAGAAAACAAUUGACAAUAAUGUGGUUUUCCUAGGUCACAGCCUUAAUUCGGAUCUGAACUGUCUUCGCUUUGUUCAUCCUCACAUUAUAGAUACAGCGAAUAUGUAUAAUCACACACGUGGGCCUCCUUCAAAGCCGUCUCUUAAAUGGUUAGCUUCAAAAUGGUUGCAUAAGGAAAUUCAAAAAGGCGGAGCUUUAGGUCACGAUUCAGCAGAAGAUGCCACUACCUGUGUCGAGCUUUUGAAGCUUAAGAUAAAAAAUGGCCCUGGUUUUGGUCUGUUUAAUCAGGAUUUUGAAUCAAUUUUCCAUCGUCUUUCACGACAACAGCCGACGCCAUUAAUUGGUGCAAUUGCUGAUUAUGGAAAUCCAGAAGCCUGCAUCGGAAAAGCAGCUCACAAGAACGUAUCAUGUUCAAAUGAUGAUGAGAUUAUUAGUGCUGCCGUUACUUUAUCGGAUAUGCAUAACUUCGUUUGGGCUCGAUUGCGGGAAGUAGAACAAGUGGCCCAGUGGAAUGUAAAUCGUGCAAACCAGAAACAAAGUAAUGGCACGGAUUCGGAUACAAGUGCUGGAGAGCAGGAUAAUGAUGAAGUGAAUUAUUCCCAAGCACUGGUUCACUUGAAUAGAAGAAUCCGACUUUUGUACGAUUCACUCCCAAGCGGUACGCUUUUCAUGAUUUAUACAGGAACGGGAAAUCCUAUAGAGAUGUCCAGGUUAAAUAGUAUUCGCCAGACAUUUCGAAAAGAGUAUCAAACGAAAAAAUGGGACGAGCUAUCCGUACAAUGGACAGACGAAGAAAAUGCUAAACUGAUCAACUCUGUCGAAAAUACCCGGAAUGGUUUAUCCUUCUUCACCGUAAAAUAG